AUGACUAUAUCUCCACCCUCUGGCCCUGUCCACUCGUCGGCUGUAUCGUCUGCUGUUAGGAAUGGGAUUUUGUUGAUUGCCCAUACGCCGUUAGCGCAGGGAGUAGCUCUCACCAACGCCCAGGUCUUCCGAUGCGCCGCACUCUAUGGCAUCAAUGCAGCACAGAUUGUGCUGAGGUGGGCCAUGCAGAAGGGACUGAUUGUCAUUCCCACCGUGAUGAACAUCAAGCACCAACAAAUUGACUUUGAUAUUUGGAAUUUUGCGCUGACCGAUGGCGAUUUCUGGAAUAUCGACCUUCUGAAUAAAAAAGGGUCCAAAAUGUCCCGGGAUCCUAGUAGGGUGGACUGAAUUGGGCCAUCGCUCAAGUCCAUCAGUAGGUUGCGCUUGGAUUUGGAAUAUAAAGUAACUUUGCUCAUAUUUACCGCUUCAUCCGUGUAAACGGUGCUACAUGA